GGCCGGGUGAGCGCAGCGGGGCUCCGAGGCUCUGGCUGCAGCCGCGGCUGCCGGAGCCGGUGCGGUCGGGCAAGCUCGCCGCCUCCGCUGCUGCCCACCCCGCCGCGCUGCGCCGUGCCGCCGGCGCUCCGGGUCCUGCAGGCGGCCGCCGGGGAGGGGCGGUCUCGAGAGCCCGGCACGAGGAGGCGGAGGCGGCGAAGUGAUGCUGGCGCCCGGGAUCCGGGCAGCGGCAGCAGAGCAGCGGCAUCUCCGGGACCCCGGCUGCAGUGUCCGUGGCCCUCGGGCCAGCCGAGCGGUGGGAGACUAGGCGCCCCCCGGGUCCAUUAGAGGCACUUCAAGAACUGUUCAGUCCAGUGUGGUAGGACUGUGUGAAGACAGGAGCCCUUUACCCCGAGAGGAGUACAAAAGUGUUCACUGUAAGGGAGAAGAAUUUCACUUCCAUCCUGGAAACAGAGUCACAAUUGCUCCCACAAGCAAAUGAAGACUAGAAUGAUUCCAGAAGAAUGGGAGUUCAGAGGAAGAUUUGUGAGGCAUGUAAUCUUGGAAGAAAAUAAAAUGAAUGCAGCCAUAUCAGACUACCACUAAAACCCAUGGACAAUCCCCACACUCACAGCUCCUGUCAAUCUUUUUAAGAUUUAUUAGUACUAUGCUGCCUCUGGAAGAUGAAAAGAAACUAAUGCCAAGAAGGCAUAUUCUCCAAUAUUUAAAGUAGACGUGCUCUCAAGACCAUGGCUUCAAAAGUCUCCUGUUUAUAUGUGUUGACAGUUGUGUGCUGGGCCAGUGCUCUCUGGUACUUAAGUAUUACUCGUCCAACUUCUUCUUAUACUGGCUCCAAACCAUUCAGCCACCUAACUGUAGCCAGGAAAAAUGUCACCUUUGGCAACAUAAGAACUCGACCUAUCAACCCACAUUCUUUUGAAUUUCUUAUUAAUGAGCCCGACAAAUGUGAGAAAAGCAUUCCAUUUCUGGUUACUCUCAUCAGCACUACCCACAAAGAAUUUGAUGCCCGCCAGGCAAUUCGAGAGACGUGGGGAGGUGAGAACAACUUUAAAGGGAUCAAGAUAGCCACUCUCUUCCUCCUGGGCAAGAACACGGAUCCUCUCCUGAAUCAGAUGGUGGAGCAAGAGAGCCAAGUCUUCCAUGACAUCAUCGUGGAGGACUUUAUUGACUCCUAUCAUAACCUCACCCUCAAAACGCUCAUGGGGAUGAGAUGGGUGGCCACUUUUUGUUCAAAAGCCAAGUAUGUCAUGAAAACAGACAGUGAUAUUUUUGUAAAUAUGGACAACCUUAUUUAUAAACUGCUAAAACCAUCCACCAAACCAAGAAGAAGAUAUUUUACUGGCCAUGUCAUCAAUGGAGGACCAAUCCGGGACAUCCGCAGUAAGUGGUAUAUGCCCAGGGAUAAGUAUCCUGACAGUAACUAUCCGCCAUUCUGUUCAGGAACUGGCUAUAUCUUUUCAGCGGAUGUGGCUGAACUCAUCUACAAGACCUCACUGCACACGAGGCUGCUUCACCUGGAAGAUGUAUACGUAGGACUGUGUCUUAGGAAGCUGGGCAUACAUCCUUUCCAGAACACUGGCUUCAAUCAUUGGAAAAUGCCCUACAAUUUGUGUAGGUUCCGCCGAGUUAUCACUGUGCAUCAGAUCUCUCCAGAAGAAAUGCACAAAAUCUGGAAUGACAUGUCAAGCAAGAAGCAUCUCAGAUGUUAAAACUCUUACUGAUGUAAAUAAGGUUCUUUUCUUUUUUUAAGAAACGGGGCCAUGGGUGUUGGUAUUUUACAGAAGUCACCCGGGGAAAUGAACUGGUACCUAAGGGGUUUUUUUCUUCCCACUCCUACUUCCUUUCUUGAAUUAUCAAAUUACGAGUGCUAGGCUCUGGUUAUAGAAACAAUAUAUGAAUUAGACGGGCCAGAUUUCAUUCUCAGGUCCUAAGACAUUGGCUUUUAUCUCAAAAAAUAACUUCCUAACAACCACUAGGAUUUAAAUACUGUACAAUUCAUAUUAAAAUCUAAAACGCAUAGUAAUGUCUUCAUAUCACCUUUUCAAAAAAGAAGUAAAUGCCAACUCUUUUGCAAAAGCCAGUUCAGAAAUAAUGCACAGUCAGGAAGACACACUGGGUGUUAUUAUUGUUGUGUGUUAUUACAUUGAAUUUUUACAUACAUUGUCAUUUGAUGUGUGCAAUAUUUGCAGUUCCACCAAGAUAUGAAGUUAGUUUUGUCAGGGAAGCUGCAGUUAAAGAAAUGAAAAUUUUAAUUUGAAAAUCAAAUAUUCUAUGUGUUUGAAAGAAAACUCUGCUUGCUCAUCCAAGGACUAAACCUAACCAGCAGGUGGGAUGUAUAUAAAAUGCUACUUAGCAAAAUAAACAAGGGAUUUUUUUUCACUCCUUCAGAAAAAAAAUAUAUUAGCUGGUGCCUCCAAGGAGACUUUGCAAAAUGCAUACUCACCUGCUAUGGUCCAUGCAGUGUUGCUAAGUGCAUCUUACAGUUUCUGACUCAGAUAGGCACAUAUGUAAAAAUAAGUUUGUAGGAGACCAAAACGGUAAAUUACACAGAGAAAAUAUAAAUUUGUAUAUGCAUUACGAUUAACAUAAGCUUAGUGGUAGUAUAAGAUGUCCAUCUCGUACAUUUGUAAAGCAUGAAAGAAUAUCUUUACACAGGAACAACGCUAUUGAAUUUAGCCCUAGAGUUUAUAAACAUAGUAAUCGCUAACAUCCAAAAACAUCUAAACACCUCUAGCAGCAAUGCUGUUAGAUGUUCUGGAGGCUUUGUAGUUAAGGGUCAUUGAACAGAAUGAUGGGAAAACUUGGGUUCAGGUCCUGCUGAUGUCAUCAGACUCACUGGAUCAUUUAGGC